AUGAAGAGAAGAGACAGCAAGACAAAUAAUGAACUAAAAUUUGUACAAUUCGAGAAGGGCAAAAAGCAAGCGCUAGAAACACACCAAGUACUAAUUUGUGCAGGUAGUCGUCAACCGCUGCCCUUUUUAUUCCUCGUCCAUCACAUUGUCAGCCUGCGCCAAGCCAUAUUUAGGUUUCAUCAGCUUGUCCAAGACCACCAACACCAAAUCCACCCCAUCAGGACCAUUCUCCUCUCCUUUGUCGGCACAUGCUUCUUCUUUUCCUUUUACCGACUCUCUCGUAUACCCGACGCCGGCUAUUACCCACAGUACAUCUACGACCACAUUGCCAACUACUUUGAGCCCGGCGUCUACAACAACACCCUCUACCAGAACGGCACCGAGGCCACCGUCCACGCCCAUUGGAACUUUAGCCAGCCAUGCCAUGGCUUCCCAAACACCGACGAUAUCAUGGUCGUCAUGAAGACGGGCGCCACCGAGUCGUUUGACAAGAUGCCCACCCAGCUGCUGACGAGCAUGCAAUGCAUCCCCGACUCGUUACUCUUUUCCGAUUUGGAACAACAAAUCGGCAAAUAUCACAUUUACAACGUGCUCGAUCGCGUCGAAGACAUCCUCAGCAGCGACCGCGCCGAGUUCCUCCUCUACCAAGCCCAGCAAGACUGCCCCAUCUCGCAAAAAGAGUGCACCACCGGCAUGCCUGGCGGCUGGGAUCUCGACAAGUACAAGUUUCUCAACAUGAUUUUGCGCACAUGGGAAAUGCGACCCGGCAAGAAGUGGUACGUCUUUGUCGAGGCCGACACCUACGUCGUCUGGUCCAAUCUCGUCACUUGGCUCAACACGAGAAUGGACGCCACGCGCGACAUUUACGUUGGUGGCAUCGCCUUUUUGAACAAUUUGCCUUUUGCCCACGGCGGUACUGGUUACGCCAUUUCCGGCGUCCUGCUCGAGAGGCUGGUCGCCCACGUCAAGGAGAUUCCAACAAAGGAGCUCAACGCCCUGGCCAUGAACACGUGCUGCGGUGAUGCCCUGCUCGCCGACGUCAUUGAUAAACUGGGUGUGUCCGUUCUGAGAGCUUCGCCCAUGUUCAACGGCGAGAAGCCCAACACGCUCCCCUUUAGCCCGCGCGACUGGUGCCAGCCGCUGUUUACCUUGCACCACAUGAACUCGGAGGAGAUUAGUGGCGUAUGGCAGUACGAGCAGACGCGCACCAAGAGGGACCCCAUGCAGCUGCGCGACCUUUACCACGCCUUUGUCGCCCCCAACAUGGUCCCGCGCCGGCCGCGUUGGAACAACCUGGCCGAACAGCGCUGCUUGGCCAAACCCGAAGACGGCCAAAACAUUGUCGAGAAGCACGCCCACGAGUCGGCCGAGGCAUGCUCGCGCGUCUGCCUGGCCGAGGGCCUCAACGUCGACGCCGAGGCCUACGAGAGGCUCAAGUCGGACGACGAGCGCGACUGGUACCUGCGCCAGCGCUACCGCCGACAGUUGGCCACGAAGCGCGUCAGCGGCCCGCGCACUUGCUUCACCUGGCGCUACCGCGACGGCAAGUGCUGCACCAGCGACAGCUUCCGCAUGGGAUACCCCGUGUCCGCCAAGAAGGAGCCCGACGCCACGAGCGGCUGGUUCAUCGAGGGCAUCGAGCGCUGGAUCAAGGACCACGGCCAGUGUACUGGAGGCACCCAGUGGGUCACUCCCGUCUGCGUCGGCAAAUGGUGCCCAGAAGAGGCCGAGAAGCGCAAGAAGCAGAUGGAGCAGGACACCAAGACGAGGGAGGAGAUGCUCAAAAAGUUUGGCCUGACGCUGGGCAAUCCCGCUGACGGUCCCCAGGCCCUGCAAUGA